AUGUCGCACUCGUCUUCUUUUCACGGCACGACGACAUCAACCGUGCGCGUUGGAACAAAACUCGCGAGAAACAGUCGCCGUCGCAGAUGUAAUCGUAGAAACGCGAAUACGAUGAUGACAACUUCUCCUUCGUCAUUUUCGUGCAACAAGAACAAGAACAACGACAAAAACGAUAACCAAAACGAACGCUCGACUUCUUCUUUAUCGUCGUCUUGCUCUGGAAGGCGACCUUUAAACGGAAGAAACGAAAAACGAUCGAUUAUUCCGAGAGCGAUUGAAGAUGCGCAAUCCAUUCCAGCCGGUGUCGAUGGAGAUUGGUCGCACGUCACUCCUGACUUUCUCUGGGAAAGCGAGCUCGAAAGGAGAACCGAAUACUUACAAGAUUUUGAAAGAGUGCAAGUCCGGACGGCGCUUGAUAUCGCGUUUCACGCGCACGAUGGUCAAAAGCGCAAAUCCGGAGAACCAUACAUCAUCCACCCAGUAGCUGUAACUUGUAUUCUAGCGUCUUACUAUAUGGAUCACGAGACAUUAUGUGCCGGGUUGCUGCACGACACCGUGGAAGACACCGAGUUUGUGACGUUUGAAAGCGUGGAGAGUAUGUUCGGCCCUUCGGUUCGAGCGAUAGUUGAAGGUGAGACAAAAGUGUCAAAAGUAUCCAGCACGGUUUCCAAAGCAGCGGAUGACUCUUUCGUGAGCUCAACCUUCGACGAACCAGACGUAAAGGCAGACGAUUUACAACAAAUGUUCUUGGCAAUGACGGGAGAGAUUCGGGUGAUUAUCGUUAAACUUGCGGAUCGGUUGCACAACAUGAGAACGCUCGGGUCGAUGAAACCAGAGAAGAGAAUAAAGAUAUCAAACGAAACUUUACUUGUUUUCGCGCCGCUCGCGAAACUAUUAGGAAUGUACGAUAUGAAAAACGAGUUGGAGGAGAUUGCGUUUGGGUGGGCCAGUCCGGGAUGUUACGAGGCAGUCGCGCAGAGAAAAGAGGAGCUCGAGCGCGUUCACUUGCCAGUUAUUAAUAACGUUGCCGCUAAAUUGAACGAAGCAUUGAAAGACGACGAUUUUCUGCGCGGCUCCGUGAUAAGCUUUGCAGUCGAUAAACACGUUAAGGAAAAUUAUGGCAUAUAUCGUAAGGCGUUGAAGAGCAAGAAAAAGCCAGGUUUUAUUCACGACAAAGAAGAAGAUAGUCCCGUCAAAGAGGAAGACGAAGACAACGUAGACGAGGAAGAGGAACAGAAACUGAGAGAUCUCAAGUCGAGACUACCGAACGUGAACGAAAUUGCGCAGAUUCGCAUCGUCUUGCUCGACGAUAUGUCUACGAAAGGAUUGAGCGAGGCCGCGAAGAGAUCCCACGCGAUUCGAGUAACGUACCACGUUCUUGGGUUGGUCCACACUUUGUAUCCACCUGUCCCGGGAAGUAUGAAAGACUACAUCGCGACACCCAAAUUGAACGCGUACAGAGCGCUGCAUACCACGGUAUUGCCUAUAGAACGAGGAGAUAUGAACGAUACCGAUUUCCAAAGCGCGAACGAAAGUUUCAUGGAAGACGAACAAAACGAAGAGGUUUUCCCGCUCGAAAUUCAAAUCAGAACUGAGCAAAUGCAUCUCGGCGCGAUUUGGGGAAUAUGCGCGGACAGGGAGUUGAAAACGGGAUGGCGCAAGCGAGCGAUUGUAGAUAUCUUCAAGAGAAGAAAUGAAAUGCGUCAAGAACUUUUGGAACGAGGUAUUCCGUUAACGGCAGAUGAAAAAUCGUUCAUGGAAGAAGAAGAGGAAGACAACAAGUUUCUUCAGAACUUGUCUCAGAGUACGGCUGGGAACGUGAUGGAUAACGAAGAGAGAAACGUUGCACCUAUGCGUCAAGUUUUGUGGUUGAAAAUGAUUCAAGCUUGGCAAGAAGAGUUUCUCGGCGUGUUAUCUGCGCGAGAGUUUGUUGAUACGGUCACGGGCGACUUACUCGGUCGACGUACGUUUGUUUUCUCUCGCGCGGGACAAGUUAUAAACUUACCAUACGGAGCAACGGUCGUUGACUACGCAUCGUACCGCGAUUGUUUAAGCGAGAUGGUUGAAGUUAAAGUCAACGGCCAAGCGGUUGAUUUCGGUAAGAAACUCAAUAACGCGGAAGUCGUAGAGAUUGUUCGUUCGACAGAUUCGGCGGAGACGAUGAAGCAGAAAGUUGCACGAUUUCGGAUGUUUUUGCCGGCGGCUGUCACGAAGGCCGCGAGGUACAAAAUUGAGAAGUUUUUAGACGAACACGAUUCAACUUUCAGGGAGCGAAAAAGUGAAAACACAUGGGAGAUGGAAUCGUACGAUUUGAUUGGAUUACCUUCCGGGAAAAUACGUGCCGAUAGAAAAGCGGUGAGCAUGUUUGUGACUUCCUAUCUUCGAUUGGAGUGUAGCGACCGAAGCGGACUUUUAGCGGAUAUUUCGUCCGUCAUCGCGAAUCAAGGAAUGAGCAUCGUGUCGUACAAUGGGAAUAAAUCUCCUACGGAAUCCGAGAGUAAUUUUGACAUGAAUUUCGAGGUAACGUUCAACGAAUCUGAAUUGUAUCGAGGCGAAGCGCUUGGUAAUUUAGAUGCGCGCUUGGCGAAGGUGUGUACGGAUCUGAUGACUCGCGUCGACGGAGUCGAUAAUUGCUCUGCUUUCUGCGCGCUUCCGGAUGACAACAUGUUCAGCUUCCAAAAAUAA